GACCACAGUGACGAUCAGCGGAAACUGAGUUCACGUUUAGUUCACUUACAUCGGGACGAGUCGUUAGGUUUGGGUCUUUCAAUAAAAGGCGGAUCCGAUCACUCGCUUCCGAUUCUCAUCUCAAGAAUUGUGAGCCAAAGUCCGGCCGAUCUCUGCAAACAACUCUUCAUUGGCGAUGAGAUAAUAGCUGUUAAUGGCGUCGACUUCGACAGCACCACAACACACGACGAGGCGCUCAAACUAUUGAGACAAUCGGAUGAUGAGAUCUCUAUGAAAGUACGACACCAUAGAGUGGCUAACAUUUAUCGGAAGCAAUGGCGCAAAAACGACAACCAGUUUAUUGAUUUACAAGACGAUAAUCCGUUGAUUAAGAAGACAUCGACUCUCGAUCUCAAUGAUCCGAAAGAGUUGAUCCAAAACGAGAGCAAUGGCGCCAACAGUUGGAAGGAAUGCGUGCGGAUGGAGCUGUUCCUCUCAAAUUUGUCUCAAUACGUCUCGUUUAGUGAUAAACUAAGAGAUGCGGGCUUUGAGGUGAGAGCCAUCAACGGACAGACAGCUUUGGUUCAGUGCGAUAACCAAGAGAUGUGUCGCGAAUGGUGUCAAACGAUCACAAAUGCCAUUAAUAACCUCACUCUUAAUCAUAUGAAACUCUUAAACAAAUCGUUGCCUAAAUCAGAGCACAUUCUAUACAUGGGUUGGGUGUCUGAGUGCCAAACCAUUGGAUACCAACCGAAGCAAAGCUAUAAGUGGUCACAAGAGUACCUCAUAAUAAAAGGCGGUGCUCUCUAUAUUCACAAAUGUCCGCCAAAUUCGUUGAUUCAAAACGAUAGUCAACUUAAUAUUCAAUUAAUAAACAAAUCAUUAUAUCAUUACAAUUGCUAUCAAUCGGUGUUCCGUUGCCUCAAACCUAACGAGCAAUUGGAUGACAAACGAAACGUUUGUAUAAUACAAAGCGCUGAAGAGUCGUCUCCCAAAUACCUGUCCACUGAAACCAGUGACGAUUUGACAAACUUAAAAAAUGCGUGGCACCGGGCUAAUUACCAUUCGGUCACUCAGUUGGGCAGUAAGACAUUCCCAGUGGUGUGCGAUGGCAUGUCUGGAUCGUUGACACUGGACUGGCGGAUGGGGUUCGCAUUGUAUGACCCUCUGGUGAAAGAGUACAAAUGGAACUAUAAGUUUCAUCAACUGAAGCACUCCUCAGAUGAUGGUAACCACGAAUUGUCGCUCACUUUUGUGACCAAUCCAAACGAUAGUCGGAUUACAGAGACUCAGCUCUUAGAAUGCAAUUCAUUACAGAAUCUCUUGUACUGUAUGCACGCCUUUCUUAGCGCUAAAGUCGCUUCAGUUGAUCCCAGAUUUCUUCAGUCAUCUUAAAGUGU